AGCUAACGUUAGUACGUUAGUACGUGAGGAGGAUGCAGACAUUUUGUUUAGCUUGCUACCAAGCUCUGUAUAAUAUGAAUGACACUGUAUGAUAACUUUACUGUAUUUUUACAUUCGUAUGAGGGGUACAUUUUUACAAUGUUACUUGAGGAAUCAAAUGUUAUUAGCUAGCUAACGUUAGCUAUAGCUAGCUAGCUGCUGUACCACACUGGCUGUGUUAUUGUCUUCAAACUAAAUUAGUGUAUGGGCAAUUAAAUAGACCAUUUAGAUGUCUGUACAUGCUUCUGAAUUGUUGCAUUAUUCAAGAGUGUAAUAUGGUUUUGUUGCAUUAAUCAAGAGUGUAAUAUGGUAGAUGAAAAGUUGCUCGCAUAGCUAGUUGAAUAGUUUACACGCUUAAUUACUGCCUCUGAUCUGGCUGACUCACUGAACACAAAUGCUUUGUUUGUAAAUUAUGUCUGAGUGUUGGUGUGUGCCCCUUAAAAUUAUGCCUCUGGUUUGCUUAAUAUAAGGAAUUUGAAAUUAUUUAUACUCUUAGUUUUGAUACUUAAGUAUAUUUAAAACCAAAUACUUUUAGACUUGUACUCAAUUAGUAUUUUACUGGGUGACUUUUACUAGAGUCAUUUUCUAUUAAGUUAUCUCUACUUUUAUUCAAGUAUGACAAUUGGUUACUUUUUCCACCACUGAUCAGAGGGCACAAAUCAACUCAAAGAAGGCAGCAUAGGAGGGAUGGAGGGAGAGAAUGGGUGAUCCGCUGAGUCAGAGGCAAACAGGCCUCUUAGUCGUGCAGUUGAGUGUGUCAAUGUUUCUAUUGGCUCGCUGCUCAGACUGCACAUAAAACUGGUGAACAAUGGUUGAGUAUUGGUUUAGCAUACACUAACACUAUACACUAACACUGUAAUGGAUAGUUUGACUGCAUUCAGUAUGAAAACUGAAGUCAUGGUAAAAUAAAACACAUUACACGAGUACAUGACUCAAAGUCCUUGUCCCAUUUUAUAAAGUUAAAGACGGUCAAUGUGUUGGAAGCCCUUGGACCAUUUUAUAAAGUUAAAGACGGUCAAUGUGUUGGCACCCCUUGUCCCAUUUUAUAGUUAAAGAAGGGAAAUGUGUUGGCAGCCCUUGGCCCAUUUUAUAGAAUAAAAGGCUCAAUGGUUGCUCGACCUUGCAGUAUUCAGUAGGGGGAGCUCUAGAUUUUCCACUGGCCUAGUUUCUCUCUCUCCCUGUUGUCUUGGAUUUGGUGCUGCAGUGUAGAAAAUCGGGCCACUCUCUGCCAUAUGAGCUGGCUGCUGGAUACAACGGCUUUUUUCUCACCUGCACUCACAGCAACAACACACUCGCCUGCCCACCCCCAGAUAUCCUGACGUUAAUCAUGGGGCAGCUGUUGGCCUCAGAACAGGAGCAAUCGGAGGCUCAGGUUGCUGUUGGCUCUCUGCUCUACUCCGCCAUGUUGGAGGCCGGUGCUCUGCCUGAUGUUGCUGUCGACCACUAUCUGCUAGCUAAUCCAGAGAGCCUGGACUCCAGGGCCCACCUACAGGACCACCUCCGCCAGCUGCAGGGGCAUGUAGGGAACCGGGCGCCCACCUACCUGAAGGAGCUGAUCAGCCGCCUGGUCGCUUUCUCUGACGAGCCCAAGGUGGCAGGCCUGGUGGGCUUGGUGGUCUCCAUGGUGAUGGAGACGGCAUACGCCUCGUCCAGGGGGUCAGUGAGGUCGAGGGGUUGCCAAGUCGAGGAACGGCGAGCGGAGCUCCAGGACGUUAUGGAGGAGUACCUCAAGCGCUGCCGGAUGCACUUGAAGGAUGAGCAGAAGCUGAGAGAAGACACCCAGCGUCUGGAGGGCCAGCUGAGCUACUUGCUGACCCAGCUGAAGAACACCAUGCUCAGGGAAGGCCCCAGCUCCAAGGCCCUGAAGCACUGGGCCAGCGGCGCCGCCUUUCACACGCAGAUGCUGCUGCACCUGACCAGGCUAGAGCAGAAAGGAGACCCGCUGGUCGUCCAGGCUGCAAUGGAGCAGUACCAAGAGGACUUCAGAGAGAUUCUACCUGCGUACAGAUGCUACAAAGCCAGUACGGUGACUGUGAUAAAGUGUAGGGGAGGGCUGCAGACCGGGGAGGAUCCUCUGACUGAGGGGAGUGUGACUGGGUUCACUGUGGUGGAUAAAGAGUUAGGGAAGAGUGUGAGUGUUCCCCUACCUGAGGACGCUCCCCCUGGCAUUGUCCUGAUCACUUCAGAUAUGUGUGCUCAAGCCUAUUUAGAGCGACUGUUCUCUCCACAAGGCCCCAUAGCAGAGCUGGAGAGGUACUUUCUCAACAGCAGAGAGAGUCUAUGCAUGAAGUUGAUGGUACAAGAACCAACGGACCCCAACGAGAGGCUGAGCAUUGUGGAAACAGAACCCCUAGGCAGAAGAUAGCACAUGUUCAUGUUGACUUUCAUACAGGCAUAGGCAAGAUGCACAAUCCACGGAACUGACCGAACUCUCUUGAAUAAAAUGUCCAUUUAUUGUAUUGUAUGUAUGAUCAAAUGUUGAAUCAUAUUCUGGUUUAUUCAUUGCUAAUGUUCUCCUAUGAAUUUCUGAGAAAAUAUAUUAUGAAAGCACAUGAAUAAUUCCUGCCCACGCAAAUCAAUUGUUAUAAUGCAAGAAACUAAUUGUACAGACACAAAUGGCAAAAGUAGCACAGUUCACAGUACUUAAUUGUUUAUGGUAUUGAAAAGGAUGCUUGAGUUCAGUUUGCAGGUUUGAAUUGAUUUCUUCGUGCUUUGUGGAAGUGAUUCUUUCUUACUUUGUCCUCACUUUCAGUUCAAUAACCUUUUCUAAAGCUUUGUAGAGUGCUCGGGAAGCAACAGCUGAUUCUUUGAAAAUAAACUCUUAAUGGUCUGGCUGCUGCCAUGGCUGAAUGUGUCAAACUU